GGGGCUGGUCAGGAAGUGUUCCCUGGUGCUGAAGUCUGGGUUAGAGUCCAGACUGGAGGAAAGAUGGCAUCUGAGCGGGACAUCGGUGCCAGGGAGCCCAUUACUGGGGCACAGAUCAUUGCAGAAGCUUUGGUGGCACAAAAUGUAAAGUAUAUGUUUGGUAUCGUUGGCAUCCCAAUUAUUGAAGUGGCUAUUGCUGCUCAGGUAGCUGGAAUCAAGUACGUGGGCAUGAGGAAUGAACAAGCCGCCUGCUAUGCUGCCUCUGCCGUGGGAUAUCUGACAGGCAGACCAGGUGCAUGUCUUGUGGUAUCAGGACCAGGCCUCAUCAAUGCUCUCAGUGGCAUGGCAAACUCUAAUAUGAACUGCUGGCCACUAAUAGUGUUGGGAGGAUCUUCUGACACCAAUCAAGAAACGAUGGGGGCUUUUCAAGAGUUUCCGCAGGUUGAAGCCUGUAGACUAUACAGUAAAUUUUCAGCCAGACCAGGUAGCUUGGAAGCUAUUCCCGCCGUCAUCGAAAAGGCUGUAAGGACGAGUAUGUAUGGCCGACCUGGAGCGUGUUAUGUAGAUAUACCUGGAGACUUUGUAAACAAGCUUAUUGAGAAGAGUGAUGUUCGGUACAUUGAGUCCUGUCUGCCGCCUCCAGUCAGUUUGGCGAAUCCAUCUGAAGUACACAAAGCCGUGUCAGUGUUAAAGAAUGCCCGCCAACCACUUGUAAUUAUAGGAAAAGGUGCGGCCUUUGCACGAGCAGAAAACAGCAUCCGGCAGUUUGUGGAAGAAUGUGGGCUUCCGUUUCUGCCAACUCCUAUGGGUAAAGGGGUUGUCCCCGACAACCAUCCGAACUGUGCCGCGGCAGCAAGGUCCAGUGCUCUGCAGCAUGCAGAUGUUAUAUUGUUGCUGGGUGCGCGGCUCAACUGGAUUUUGCACUUCGGUCUCCCACCUCGGUUUCACCCAGAUGUGAAGAUUAUUCAGGUUGAUAUUUGUGCAGAAGAGCUCGGUAAUAACGUCAGGCCUGCAGCUUCCCUUCUGGGUGAUAUUGAUGCAGUGACUCAACAGCUUUUGGAACACACGAGAAAAACUUCCUGGAAGUACCCAUCCAAUUCUGCUUGGUGGGAAAAACUCAGGGCGAAGAUUAAAUCCAAUGAGGAAAACACAAAGGUUUUGGCUGCUCAGACAAAACUUCCAAUGAAUUAUUACACCGUGUUUGGCUAUGUGAAAGAGUCCUUGCCUAAUAACUGCGUCAUCGUGAGUGAAGGAGCCAACACGAUGGACAUUGGCCGGACCGUGCUACAGAACUAUUAUCCACGUCACCGAUUGGAUGCUGGCACAUUUGGCACGAUGGGAGUUGGCCUGGGGUUUGCCAUAGCAGCAGCGAUGGUAGCCAGGGAGCAGAGUCCUGACCAGAGAGUGGUCUGCGUGGAAGGGGACAGUGCUUUCGGCUUUUCUGGCAUGGAAGUAGAAACCAUAUGCAGGCAUAACCUGCCCAUCAUUAUCAUCGUUGUCAAUAACAAUGGAAUUUACAAUGGAUAUGAUGAGGAUACGUGGGCAGAAAUGUUAAAAUCAGGGGAUCCAGCAUCAAUUGCGCCUCCUUUGUCUCUUAAACCGAACGCUCGCUAUGAGCAGGUGAUGACUGCCUUUGGAGGAAAGGGAUACUUUGUUCGUACCCCUGAAGAGUUACAGCAAGCGCUAAAAGCCAGCUUUGCAGAAAAGCGGUUACCGUCGCUUAUCAAUGUCAUGAUCGACCCGCAGUCAGAUAGAAAGAAGCAGGAAUUCCACUGGCUGACUCGUUCCAAUCUGUAAUUGACGAUAUCUCCAAAAAGAAUUUCUGUAACACAGGAAGAUAUUAGAGAAUCCAUUGCUGAAUUACAAAACCAAGAAAGAAA